UUAGUGGCCGUUUGGCCAGGAGUUAUUUUGAAUUUUUAAACAUUUUUUCUCGGAAAAAGUGAGCGAAUUUUUUUUCAAAAACCUGCGUGACAUUAAAAAAAAAAUAAAGAAAAAUAAAGAAUUCUGGUAGUUGCACCUCGAAAUAAAAUGGACUGUUCCGACCGUACCAAUGUAGCAUAGUCCUGUGAUCAGAAUUUAUCACGUUUUGUUUAGGUUAAGUUAUCUGUCUUGACAUGAUAUGAUUGAUUAAUUCCCCAAUAGUUUGAUUGUGUAAUUAUACUCCUCAUUUAUUUUUCUUUUGCGAAGAGGAAUAGUUUAAUUGAAAUUAGUCAUAGACACCCUCACCAUAAUGGUAUUUUCCAUCAUGGACACCUUCUACUGACGUUUAACCAGACACUGGCAGCUCCUUGCCCCGCAGCAUCAUGAGCGAGCUGAAGGACUGCCCUCCGCUUAAAUACUACGACUUCAAGCCCGUUGAGCAUGUCAAGCUGUGUCCACGGUACACUGCUGUGUUGGGCCGUUCAGAGGACGAUGGCAUCGGUAUCGAGGAACUGGAUACCCUGCAACUGGAGCUGGAGACACUCUUGUCUUCAGCCAGCCGCCGCCUUCGAGCCCUGGAGGAGCAGAGACAGAUCCUUACAGACUGGCAAGACAAGAAGGGAGACAAGCGCUUUCUGAAACUGGGAAAAGACCCAGACCCUGCAGCCUCCUCCCGUCAUAAGCCAAAGAAGCAAAAAUUGGAUGGCAAGGGAGGACAUGGGCCAGGCCCAGGUCCUGGGAGACCCAAAUCCAAAAACCUGCAGCCAAAAGUUCAGGAGUAUGAAUUUACAGAUGAUCCACAGGAUAUCCCCCGCACUCCAAAAAAUGAUGCGCCCAACAGGUUCUGGGCAUCAGUUGAACCAUAUUGUGCCGAUAUCACAAAUGAAGAAAUACGAUUACUUGAGGAGCUUUUGAAACCUCCAGAGGAUGAAGCAGAGUAUUUUAAAAUUCCAGCAUUGGGGAAACACUACUCACAGCGGUGGGCUCAAGAAGAUUUGUUGGAGGAACAGAGGGAAGGAGCUCGAGCCAAUGACAAAAAGAAAAGCCUAAUGGGAGGACCACUGUCAGAGCUGGAUGCAAAGGAUGUCGACUCGCUGCUGAAAAAGUCAGAAUCCCAGCAUGAAUCACCAGAAGAUGGCUGUCCCUUUGGUCCUCUCACGCAGCGUCUGCUGCAGGCCCUCGUUGAGGAGAACAUUAUAUCCCCCAUGGAGGAUUCUCCUAUACCAGACAUAUCAGGAAAGGAUGCUAAUGAAGGUGCUGGGACCUCUCCACGAAGCCAAGGAAAAGCCUUUAGUGUUCCUCAUACCCGUUCCUUAGAGGCACGAAUCAAAGAGGAGCUGGUAGCCCAGGGCCUUCUGGAUUCGGAGGAGCGACCCGGACAAGGAGGCGACUCUGAGGAUGAGGUCCUUGCAGAGCUGCAGAAGAGACAAGCAGAACUUAAAGCUCUAGGUGCCCACAACAGAGCCAGAAAGCAGGAGCUGCUCCGGUUGGCAAAAGAAGAGAUGCGUAAGCAAGAAUUAAGACAGAGGGUGCGAGUGGCCGACAAUGAGGUGAUGGAGGGAUUUCGGCGGAUCAUGGCAGCCAGGCAGAAGAAACGCACUCCGACCAAGAAGGAGAAAGAUCAGGCCUGGAAAGCGCUGAAGGAGAGGGAGAGCAUCCUCAAGCUGUUGGAUGGAUAGAGGGCAAAAAUCAACAAGGGCCUUUCUUUGGUUGUUUUUUUUUUUUUUAAAUCCAGAAAAAUUGGAAGACUAACCCUGUGAUAACACACUUACAGACAACUGUCCUGCAGCCAUGGUGGUUUAUGUUGUAGUUUUUGUGGCAUGUACAGCAGUAGCUUAUCUGACCAGUAGCAUCCAGGUCACAUAAAGUUUUUUACUUAUUUUGUUUGUUUUUUUUUUAUCUUCUUUUUUCACCAUUUCAAUGCCAUGACAACAAUGUAUAGAUGUUGGAAUUAAUCAGUACAACUUAAUGUUUUUGUGUGAAAGAGCGAAUCAGAAGAGACGUGUGUGCUGUGGUCUUCAGUGCUCACAGUGAGGAAGUAAUAAAUAUAUGUUGUUGCUGUU